AUGGCCGACGUGUUCCCGGGCUCCGAGCCCGCCGCGGCCCCGGACGCUGCUCGGCGCUUCGCCCGCAAGGGAGCCCUGAGGCAGAAGAACGUGCACGAGGUGAAGGAGCACAAAUUCAUCGCGCGCUUCUUCAAGCAGCCCACCUUCUGCAGCCACUGCACCGACUUCAUCUGGGGAUUUGGGAAACAAGGAUUUCAGUGCCAAGUUUGCUGUUUUGUGGUUCAUAAGAGAUGCCAUGAGUUCGUCACUUUCUCAUGUCCUGGAGCUGACAAGGGACCUGACACUGAUGAUCCCAGAAGCAAGCACAAAUUUAAGAUCCACACAUAUGGCAGCCCAACCUUCUGUGACCACUGUGGGUCACUUCUUUAUGGGCUUCUACACCAAGGGAUGAAAUGUGACACCUGUGAUAUGAAUGUGCAUAAGCAAUGCGUAAUAAAUGUCCCGAGCCUCUGCGGCAUGGAUCACACCGAGAAAAGAGGAAGGAUUUAUCUGAAAGCUGAAGUCACUGCUGACAAACUGGAAGUAACAGUGCGAGAAGCAAAAAACCUAAUUCCCAUGGAUCCAAAUGGACUUUCAGAUCCUUAUGUUAAACUGAAACUUAUCCCUGAUCCCAAGAAUGAAAGUAAACAAAAAACAAAAACCAUUCGUUCUACUCUGAAUCCACACUGGAAUGAGUCAUUCACGUUUAAAUUAAAACCUACAGACAAAGAUCGACGGUUAUCCGUAGAGGUCUGGGACUGGGAUCGAACAACCAGAAAUGAUUUUAUGGGAUCUCUUUCAUUUGGGGUGUCAGAGCUUAUGAAAAUGCCAGCCAGUGGAUGGUACAAGCUGCUGAAUCAAGAAGAAGGUGAAUAUUAUAAUGUUCCGAUUCCAGAUGCUGAUGAAGAUGGAAAUGCAGAGCUUCGACAGAAGUUUGAGGGCAAAAGAACUGGCCGAGAUAAGAAAGCCAAACUUGGGCCAGCUGGUAACAAAGUCAUUACCCCAUCAGAAGACAGGAAUUCAAGUGCGCCAUCCAACAAUCUGGACAGGGUGAAGCUGACAGAUUUCAACUUUCUUAUGGUUCUUGGAAAGGGGAGCUUUGGAAAGGUGAUGCUGGCAGACAGGAAGGGGACAGAGGAGCUCUAUGCAAUCAAAAUACUGAAAAAAGAUGUGGUGAUUCAGGACGAUGAUGUUGAGUGUACAAUGGUUGAAAAACGAGUGCUGGCUUUGCAGGAUAAACCACCAUUCCUAACACAACUUCACUCUUGUUUCCAAACAGUUGACCGCCUGUAUUUUGUUAUGGAAUAUGUGAAUGGUGGUGAUCUCAUGUAUCACAUUCAGCAAGUAGGAAAAUUUAAGGAGCCACAAGCAGUGUUCUAUGCAGCUGAGAUCUCGGUUGGGUUAUUCUUUCUCCAUAACAGAGGGAUUAUUUAUAGAGAUCUGAAAUUAGAUAAUGUGAUGUUGGAUUCAGAAGGACACAUCAAAAUUGCCGAUUUUGGAAUGUGCAAGGAACAUAUGUUAGACGGAGUAACAACCAGGACCUUCUGUGGCACUCCAGACUACAUUGCACCAGAGAUUAUUGCUUACCAGCCCUAUGGGAAGUCUGUGGAUUGGUGGGCGUACGGAGUGCUGCUCUAUGAGAUGUUGGCUGGCCAGCCUCCAUUUGAUGGAGAAGAUGAAGAUGAACUUUUCCAGUCCAUAAUGGAGCAUAACGUUUCCUAUCCAAAAUCACUGUCCAAAGAAGCCGUCUCCAUCUGCAAGGGGCUAAUGACUAAACAUCCUGCAAAACGCCUCGGCUGUGGCCUUGAAGGUGAAAGAGACAUCAGGGAACAUGCUUUCUUCAGGAGAAUUGACUGGGAAAAACUGGAAAACAGAGAGAUCCAGCCACCUUUCAAGCCCAAAGUGUGUGGCAAAGGUGCUGAAAACUUCGAUAAGUUCUUCACACGAGGACAGCCAGUGUUAACACCGCCGGAUCAGUUGGUCAUUGCUAACAUAGACCAAACAGAUUUUGAAGGGUUCUCCUAUGUCAACCCCCAGUUCGUACACCCCCUUCUACAAAACGUAGCAUGAAACAGCAGAACAGGAAGCAAUCCCACAGUGGGGAACAGUCCUUAACCCUACAGUUUUUAGGGUUUUGCCUUGUUGAUUCCAUUUGGGCCUGAAAAUUGUAGGGUUAGAAAGUGUAUGAUGGGGGGAAAGGCCACUUUUUCAGGAUUUUGGCUUUGCAACAGAGACAUUGUCUUAAUGGGAGAUAAAUUACUAUACAGUGCCCAUUUAUUUCUCCUAGAAGUCACCGCUGACUCGUCUAAAGUUACCCAUUUUUGGUACAUAGCAUAGUUUUGCAAUUUCCCCCUGUCCUUUUUCUCCCUUUUCCACUCUGCUAUCGUUAGAAAUAAUCUGAGACCCCGGGUCUGAGAAAACACCUCAAACACUGAGCCCUUCCGCGGGGAUGCCGUGCGACUGGAGCCCGCGGCCCCAAGGGACCACUCCUCCCCGGGUCUUACGGUGACUUUGGGGAGAACAGCAGCACACGGGACUGAAAUGCACCGGGGAGGAGAGGCAUUGCAAAGCAUUGUGGAAAGCGGUUGUUUCAAAAACUUCACAGAAACAAAUUUGGGAGGGGGGGGAUAAAAUCAGAGUAGACCCCGAGGCUUCGUGAACCAGUCCUGUACGCAACACCCCGUUUAAACACGCUUCAGCAGUGGCCAGAUCUCUAGGAUCUUUGCUAAGUAGCAUGUGAUAAACUCAAGGGUGAAAUUUUGUCUUUAAUAAUAAUAGUAAUAAUUUUAAUAAUAUUUUUGUGAAUUUUAAUCUCCAUGAGAUUAUUCUGUGAUCCAGGGUGCCAUUGUGUGUUCAGUUAAUUUAAUUUACACAACUCCUGAAGUUUACUGUUAACCGGUUCUACUAAUACCAAUAUUUCACUAAGAAAUUUGUUAACCUGGAAUGUAAAACAGAACUGUAACUCCUUAAAUCUUAUUUACAUGUGCGUGUUUGUAGUCUGCAGUGUAGGGCAGUAAAUCAAAGAAAACGUGUAUACUAAAUUAACAAAAAAUGCAGCCCCAAGUGACUUCCUGAUUUCUCCAGAAUAACUCAUGAAAAUCAAGUGAAAUUUACUCCUAAAAUAGUAAAUUUUAACUCAGACAACUUGGGGCUGUAAAAUAAUCAAGUCAGAAUGAAGCACCUAAAACUUGUUUUAUCGAUAGAAUGGAAUUUAAUACAUUUUACGUAUGCUUCAUGCAAUGAAUUUUACAUCUUUAGUAAUAACUCUUAAUAAUAAGGGUUAACAAUAAGCAGAUCUAUAUUACUGACAUAAUCAUAUCAAGCAUAAAGAGUAUUAUAAAAAUUUUAUAAAUCAAAUUGUGCUUUAUUUGUGAAAGUUCUUGUUCUGAAUGGCAUCAUUUAGGUUUAGCUAAAUGUUUUAUUGCUGUUGUUUUGGUUUUGUUUUGGGGUUUGGAUUUUUUUUUAGUUUUUGGAUAUUGUUAAUGACUUAGGGUAUCAUCUGUUUUUUUAAAUGUAGAUCUACUUUUAAACAAUAAUUGCUACCUGCAGGUUUUAUACAAGGUUCAAUUAGGCUUUCAUUUCACGUCUGCUUAUUACUUACAGGGAAGGAAAUAGACUUUAUUUGCAAUGAUGAACACUGUAAUUAAUGCAAUCUUCUCCUCUCCUAUCACUUAGAUAAAAAAUUUGAUAUUUCCUCUUACAACUUACCAGAAGAUAUUAAUUCAAAGAUCAGUAAAUAUUUCUGUGCUUAUUUUGGUUUUGUUGCAGCAUGUAAAAUAGUAGUCAGUGCGUUUUCCUUUCUUUUCCCUUUUGCCUUGUUCAUGGUAGCAGCCAUAGGCACUCUUUGUCUGUCAGAUGUGCAUGACGAUGCCAGAAGCAUGAUGUCUCUGUUGCUGCAUGCAGACUGAUUACAGUUUUUCCAGCAUGUAAACAUACUCAAAAAAGUAAGAUAUUUGCCAUAAGAGACUUAAAUUUAUACUAGAAUAUGUAACUGGGGGAGGGGGGGAGGGAUCUACUUUCUAAUCAUCUUUUAUUACAAUAAAAUGUCAAACCUGUGCCAAAGAUUCUGUCAGAAAGAUCCAGUCCUGCAGAUCCCGUAGCCACGUGGAAGGUCCCAACUCACGGGAACGACCCCAGAGGUGCACUGGACAAUUUUUGAGCAAAGUGCGGUUGGCUGGGAAAGGCAACUGUGUCAUGCUUCUGCACCCGUGAUGCCUUCCGAAGCCAGAUUUUGGUGCCUAGGACGUGGGAUUUGGAACACUCCAGAUGUUUGGCUUUUGCCCAGCCGUAGUCUUUUUGCAGUCACAGCUCUGAGCAUGAAGCAUCUCCCCGGUGAGAGGGGUCAGCCCUUAGCGGCUGGACAGGACAGUUCUAAGGCACGGGGUAGCACGCUGCUAACGAGGGGCAUUCACCACCUAACCAUUUCCCAGAUUGAUGCCUAAAUAAACAGAACUCAAUGAGUAAUUUUAAUACAUUUUAGGAGUAAAAUUUUUAAUCCAUUCUGUGUCAAAUAUGUUAGCCAAGUCUGGGAGUUGAUUUUCUUGUUUAUAUAUUAUAUACCUAAAGAUUGUGGUAUGAUUUUCACCAUAAGGCAUGUGGACUAGUACAGCAUUCAUGACUGUGUUUUUCUAAAUAUUAUUAGCCUGCCAUAGUUUAGGAAUAUCUGGGUGUCAUGCUGUAGAAGAUAACAGAUUCAACAGACUUUUGAGGCUCAAAUUUUGAGUAAAGAAGAGGCGCUCAAGUGAGUAAAUCUGAGAGCGGGCAUUAUGCACGUUUUAAGAAUGUGAAAUGAAAAGGGAACUUCUGAAAAGGAAAAUACAGGGAGAAAUAGCAGAGCACAAGAUAUUGAAACCAGAAAAGCAGCACCUGGGUGGACCUAGCCCAAGCCAGAAAGAGAAAACCAGUAGAUGUGACUGAGUGGUUCUGCUGGUUGUUUUCCCAAGGAGUUGUAGGGGCGUCCAGCCAGGCAGUUGCUGCUGGCACAGCAGUGACGUGACACUGCCUGUACCAUGGCAGUAAGGAGCUGGUCCAACACCUGAACAGAGCUGCUCAUUUGGUGGCUGCUUCUCAUUGUGAGUUUCUUAGGCACUUGCAUUUGUUCCUCAGUUUUGCCACUGCAGAAGCAGGAAUUCCUCUUUUAUGUCCUUACCUCAAGUUCCUGAGCUUGCGGCAUCUCACGUCUCCUUCUGCGGGUGUCUGUAGUGCUUCCUGAACGGUACUGUGAACUUCUUGAUGCUGCAAGAAUCAAGCGGGUCAAAAGGGAUUGAAUGCUUGUGGAACUCCUCGCUGCUCUUUGAUGCGCACUUGCACGUGAACGCUUGGACCAGCCCUUUAACAAGAACUCAAAGUGCACCAGCUGGCAUGUUUGUUACCCAGAAAUUUAUGUCAAGUAAAACAUUACAUAUCCAGCGAGCAUGUUUCUAUCUUUUUUUUACUUUUUUUUCUUUUUUUUUUUUUAAUGCAGGUGUUAUUUAUAUAAUGUUUUUCAUAAAGUCUGGCUUCUUAAUGUUUAUCAGCAGAGGCAUUAGGACCGCCUUGCUUUCCCUUGUACUCGUUAGCAACAGCAAUCCGAGCACCCAGCGUAUUACAAAGAUUUCUAGAAGUAAAAUUGAACAUCACAUUGGAGAGAAGCUGGGUGGGGGUCAUGGGAGUUGGGUCUGUCCCACACGUGCUCGAGCACACUGACCCCCACGUACCCCUCGGGGGGCACAGCUCUGCAGCCACCCCGAUCCCAAGUGCUAAAAGUUUAGGUUUGUGUAGAGCUUGAAUUAUUUAGAAGCUUGGUAUUCACAAAACUACAAUCUCUCUGGACUCAACUGCUCCAGUUUCUCUCAAAUUCAAGACAACCUCCAAACCCUUCUGUACUGCUGGUUUUGGUUUUGUUUUGUUUUAAACUAUUUGCUAUGUUGCUUUUUGUACAAGUGAUAUGUGAUUCCAUAAUGCUAGAAACUCCCCUGCUCACUUUGUGGUCUUCUUGCUGUCCCCAGCCGAGUCACAGGGCAGCUGCAGCAGGGAUGAGUUGGGGAAUUGGUCAUUUCUCUCUUUCCCAUUCACUGGAGUGAGUCUGUUUCCCACAGAGGGCAUGGGUAGGGCCUUUUCAGACCAUGUAAAACUUCCAGGCUGUUUUCAGUGAAUAAGCAAGACUUUACAUGCUCCUAGUUAAAUUAUUUCAUCAUCUGGGCAAAAUCUUGGGUGUCUUCAUUCACUGAGGGAAUGACUGCAGGUCUCCAGGACAGCCUCAGUGCUCUUAGCGAGGAUUGCAGAGACGUGGGAAGCAGAGAGCACACUCCUGUAGCAACAUAUUCUGCCUUAAUCCAGUUUAGAGGAGAAAUGCAAUUUAACUUCUGAUCCUUCAUUCCUCCCAGAACUACAAUUGAAUUUCUUUUUAUAUACUGAAGAAAGUUCUUCUAGAAAUCAGCUGUUAGUUUAAGAGAUGUUCAUCAUACAUAAAUGCUGCUGGCCUUUGAAAUCCAUCCCUUCUUGUGGGGCAAAGAUAACGCUGAGCUCUUGUAAAAUUGAAAAGGUUAAGUGAGAGAGGAGCUUGCCUUCUAGCAGGAAAGUUGCUGUGUCCAAGGCCAGGACUGACCAGUACCACUUGCAUUAUUUUUGUUCUCAUUUGGUGCAUCCGGAUGCAGUUCCAGUGAAAUGCCACAGCAGACGCAUGCAAUUAGCAGAGGAGAAAAAUCCUUCAUAUUAAACAAAACACCUUGUUGGAAAUAAUAUUAAUAAUAAUACAAUAAUAAAGCUUUCAUAUGAGUAGAAAGCACAUUUGCAGUAUUGAGUUUACAGUGGGCUUUCUGACCUGCCACAAAACUUCUGGAAACCUUUAAUGUGAUUUUGAGUUCUUUUACUCAUUAGCAUAACUUAUGGUACAUAGGUUCUGUCUGCAAGCGUGGGUGUCAGCUAUAGGCCAUGUGUUACCUGUGUGCUGUGUGGUAGGCAGACACUGAACUGCAAAGUAGUAGAAAAGUAGAGAAGCUAAAGCACUUUGUUCCUCAGCUCCGCACACUGAGACGGGACCUGAAGUAGUUGAGUGGGAGAGAUAAAUAAGAACUGACUCCAUAAACGUGUGAUUUCAUAUCAGCCAGUAACCGUGCCAGUGGCGAUUGGUAAUUCAGCAGCCUUAUAACAAAUAACCAUGCACUAAAGCCCUUCUGUUCCUCAGAGAACCUGGACAGAGAGGGGUACCAGGAGCACAAGCCUUGGCCUCCCAGGGUGGCCCCUGAUGCCUGUGGUGGCCUUGGCGAGUUGGUGACCUCUCUGCCUCAGUUACCUCAUCUGUAAAAUGGGGAUAAUAAUACUUACUUACCUCGCAGGGAGGCGUGAGGGCUUCUUAGUUAAUGUUUCUAAUACACUUUUAACCUGGAAAGAGUUGUGUAAGUAUUAUUAUAAUUUUUACUAUUAUAUCAGCUUAUUUGACUCGCAUGGUAUCACUGGUUAUACCAUGGUAUUUCUACUUUUUUAUAUAACUUUAGUAAUUCUACUGAAACCAUUUGAAGAAAAAAUAAAAACAGAUCUGAUAUGUUUCUUACAGAAUCUGGAGUACAGCUUUUGCUAAUGGGGGUCCGGGUGCGUGUGCUGCUGGUGUGGGUCAGCUGCACUUCCCUCUUUUCCAUUACUGAGAUUUCUACGUGCAAUGUAAAAAUUCCGUGUAAAUGGAAGUCUUAGCAGAACUGACCUUGUAGGGCAUGAUUCCCUAUGGGUAAAUAAAGUCAGCACAGCUGUUUUGUAGUAAUGUUUAUACUGACUCCUGUUGAAGGAGGAGCGCUUUUUGUUACGCAGCUGGUCCAUCCAUGACAGUUUAAUUCCAUUGAUGCUUUAAUGUUUUCCUGUUGUAUAUCCUCACCCUUUUCUUUUGCUUACAUGUGACACCACAGUUCAAAUCUAAAAGCAAAUCACCACCGUAGUUGUUAUUUUUGUUCCAUUCGUGUCCAUUGACCAAAAAGUGAUCGGCAGCCAAUUAUUAAUUCUAAUCAGUGGAGUAUAGGAAAAGUAGCAGCAGCACUGACAGCUGGCCCCAACCUGCUUCCAUUGGGGUCGCCGUGCUGGGUCUCCACCGGGUUUUGGCAGGAAGCCCCCCGGGUUCGCUGGCAAUGUGUCUGGCUGCCCGGCUGUGGAUGCUUCCAGCCCAUGGCAGCAGAUCUGGCCGCGUGGUCAGCCCUUAGUGCAGGGCAUACUGCAAAGUCUACAGCUGACAUUAUGGUUUUUAUAAUCAUGUAGGUGGCAGGAACGUUUUCAUAGGAAGAUUAGGUUUCUGAGGUUCAUAAGCCUUUUCCCAUGAAUCAUUUGACUUGGCAUGGUUGCAUUUAUUGCCUUCCCAUGGGAGCAGCAGAGGCAACGCUGCUGACAGUGGUGGCACCACGGCACAGUCCUUGCAGAGGUCAGAGCACUCCUGUCCUGGAGCAAGGCAGCACCCACGGGUGCCUGGAGCCCAGUCUGUGCUUCGGGGCUGUCCUGGAGCAGAGACUGGUGCUGGGAAGCCCCAGCCCCACACAGCAGAGCCUGUGCAGUUGUGAUUCCUUACAGUAGCAUGGCCUCCAGUCCCAGGGAAGGCAGCAGGGCUUGCACACUUGGCCGCCUUGCUGACUUGGGGCACGCAAAAAUGUUCUCGCAGUGAUAACACAAACUUCAACCAGGGGGUGGUUGCCCACAAAGCCUUUCAUUUCUUCUCUCUUGAACUAUUACAAUGAAUGUAAGAAAAAUAAUGUCAACAAACUGAAGCUUGUUGCCUCCUUUAAAAACACUUCGGGCAAUCCCAACACGUGUACGAUUUUGCACGACAAUACAGAGUACACCUGAAAUGUUUAAAAUGAUUGCAUGUUAUUUUAAUGUUACCUUUUUAAAAAAAAAGAAAUAAUAUUACCUUGAACUCAUUCAUAUUUUUGAUUGUUAUUUUAAGACCCACAUUUUGUAUUUAUAAAGAGGAGAACAUUAUUUAUUUUCUCAUCAUUUAUCUGCAAGAUGCUACUAGAAAAUUUGGAGACACCAUUAAUUAAAAAAAAAAAAAUCAAAAAAAUAAUUGGAAGUACAGUGGGCAAGACUGAUGUAUAAAUUAUAGCAUCUUUUUUUUUUUUUCUUAAUUCUCAAUAUCCUCAAUCUUUGUUUGCAUGAAAUGCUUUUGUUAAAUAUUAAUUGUAGUUUCAAAGCAAGUGUGUAUGAAUAAAAAUACUUACCAUUA